AGUGACGAGCGGCUCCUCCCGCCGUCGGGGCGCAUAAACGGGGCCGCGCUGCGGGCAGGGCGCCGUGGGGAGACAGCGGGCAAAGGCCGGGAGCGCUGCGGCGAUGCAGGUCCCCGUUUUCACGGUUGAUGCCUUUACAAACCGGCCGUUUUGUGGAAACCCCGCGGCAGUUUGUCUGCUCGAAAAUGACUUGGAUGAAAAUUUGCACCAAAGAAUUGCGACAGAAAUGAACCUUUCCGAAACUGCCUUCAUCAGAAAACUGCACCCUACGGAUGACUUUACCAAAAGUUCCCGCUUUGGACUCCGAUGGUUCACCCCGGCCAAUGAAGUUCCUCUCUGUGGUCAUGCUACACUUGCCUCAGCUGCUGUUUUAUUUCACAUAAAAAAAAACCCAAACUCAGUUCUUACUUUUGUGACUCUGAGUGGGGAAUUGAAAACAAGACAAGAGAAAGACCAUAUUGUGCUGGACUUACCGCUUUACUCAACCUACCCACAGGAACUUCGGGAAGUAGAAGAAUUAAUAAAGGCUGCCACUGGUGACAUGAUUGUUCAAGAUCUCCGUUAUUCUCCUGACACAAAGAAACUCCUGGUCCGUCUCAGUGAUGCUUAUGAAAGGUCUGUGCUGGAAGAACUACAAGUGGGUGCACAAAGUUUUCUGUCAGCUGAAAAAACUGGGAAAGUGAAAGGACUCAUACUCACUCUGAAGGGAAAGCCCAAUGGAAAAGACAAAGGCCAUGAUUUUUACUCCAGAUAUUUUGCACCUUGGUACGGCGUGCUGGAAGACCCUGUUACAGGAUCUGCCCAUGCUGUUCUAAGCAGCUACUGGUCAGAGCAGCUGGGAAAGAAAGAAAUGCUUGCUUUUCAAUGUUCUCGACGUGGAGGAGAGUUGAAGAUUUCACUUCAUGAUAAUGGAAGAGUUGAAAUUGCAGGGCAAUUUGCUAUUGUAUUGAAAGGAAACUUGACUUUAUGAAGAAACUGACACUAACAGUAUCAUGUAUCACACCUUUAUAUUACUCAUAUUGUGUUGAUUAUAUCUUAGUUUUAGGCAGAGCACUACCACUGUCCUCUAAAAUCUUUGAUUACUUAUUGUCCAUUUUUAAAAAUUGCUUGAAAACGUUCACUUUUAAUCUUGAAGAUCCCUGGUAUCGUUUCCUUCACUUUCAUGUCAGGAUUUCAUCUGUAAACUGAUCUCAGAAAUUGUCCAAGGACAUCCCUCUUAUUUUUCUGCUCUUAAAUAAUUCGUUUUUUCUUUUUUUCUUUUUUUUCCCAGUUUCCACAUUAAAAGUCACUUGACCUUCUGGAUUGAUUUAUAAACUUCUUUAUGUGACAAAACAAUCAAAAUGACUAUAGUCAGCUUCCUUUCUCUGCCACAUAUUGGAAUGAUUCUUAUGUUCAUUAAUUUACUUGAAUUAAAACAUGAAGAAAAUACAAAAGGUUUGGAAAUAGAGCUCUUUUUUAUGAAUAGUACUUUUAAUGGGUAAAUGUAAUUGCUGUGACUUACAGUUCUGCUUAUUCAACACUUCACAUUUAUAACAAAUUUAAGAGAUUGGCAUAGUGAUACCCUGAAGACUGUUAAAAAAUGGAAAAAAAGAAAAUGUUAUUGAUCACUGUAAUGUCACUUACUUUUGAAGGACUGAGGGUUUACUCAUAAAUUAAAAGUUUGUUCUUUAAUAUUCUUCAGUGAGCAUGCUGCUUCAGAUGUCACUUUUUCCUUUAUUGUUCUUAUCUUUUUCUGGGUUUAUUAGGAAUACCCGAAGUAACUGAGGUACUCCAGCUGAAGUUCUGUUUUCCCUUUCAGAUCACCUUUUUCCUAAACUUUGAAUUAAUUCCUUAAUAGAGUCCAAUCCCCUGCUGAAGCAGGUUCCCUGCAGUGUGUUGCACAGGAAAGCAUCCAUGUGGGUUUUGAUUAUCUCCACAGAAGGAGACUCCACAACCUCUCUGGGCAGUCUGUUCCAGUGCUCUGUCAUCCUCAUAGUAAGGAAGAUCUUUGUUGUGUUCAGAUGGAGCUUCCAGUUUGUGCCCAUUGCCCCUUGUCCUGUAGCUGGGCAUUGCUGAAAAUAAUCACAGAAUCACCACCGUUGGAAAAGACCUUCAAGAUCAUUCAGGCCCACCAUCCACCUACCACCAGUAGUGCUCACUAAACCAUGUCCCUCCACACAAAAUCCAAACAUUCCUUGAACACCUCCAGGGUUGGUGACUCCACCACCUUCCUGGGCAGCCCAUUCCAUUGCCUGAAAAUAAUGUGUUGUGAAUUCAAAGGCAUUGUCACAGUGUGGGAACAGCUGAAUCUUAUAUACAGUCCUUUAUAAAUGCUGAAGAACUUAGUUGUGACAAAUUAUUGUAGUUCCAGAUAUUCUGAAUUUCAACAUUUUUAACUCACUGAAGCCCAAGUAUCUGGGGGCAAAUGACAGUGUGAAAAUCCUAGGAUUUAUUUAAAAUAUAAGUUCCUUGUUAUUGUGACUGCACAGAACUUAUUGAGUAUGUGAUUUAAAUGCCACAAAGCUUGAGAACUAGGUGGCAAGCAAAUCAACACAUUGAAAUGCAUGUUUUCCUGUGUUCAGGCUUGCUGAAGUUCAGGGACCUGAUAUACAAUUUAUAAACGUGGAGUCAUUGUAGGCAAGGCACUGCAAUGGAGACAGCUCAACAGCAGUGUCGCAGUGGCAUGUUUUGCAGUCACCUUGAUCUUGUCUUCUCAUAAAGCAAAUCACCGCUUUCCAUUUAGUGCCUUAGACCUCCUUGAGCCCUCCUGCAAGCUUGUUUUGCUGCAUUUGCUCCUUUAGUCUUGUUUAUAAAAGUGUGAGUCUAGUCCAUUGUCUGAGAUGCUUUCAAAAAAAAACAACAACCCACCUCUUUAAGAAUAUAAAUGAUCUAAAACAGCAAUUAUUGUUCAUCUGUUGACAUUUAACAAAUAGGACUUUUUUUCUUUCUUUCUUUCUUUUUUUUUUUAUUUUCCCAGGGGGUGCUAAUAAUGAACAAAGGCUGGAAAAUUUUAUGUAUCUCUGCUAUCUAAAUUUCCUGACUAAAUGAAUAAACUUGCUGCUUGAUGCAUUUUUUUUAAUGGUUUACUACUACUUAGUCUCUUUCAGUUCUGGAUAGAAAAAUCACCAGAGCUCAGGUGGGAUACUAUGCCGUAAUGUGUUUUUAAUCAACAGAUUAGUUAAUCAGCCAUGAUUAAUUAAUGAUGAAUUAAUUAUACCUUAUUGUGCAGUUCUGCUGCCUAAAUUGAGCUUUAAAGGAGUUAUUUUAUUAAUCAUCAUUGUGCUAAUUGCAGACACUUACAGAAGGAUCGCUAAUUAAACAUGCAGCCAUAUGCAAAGCAAGCAAGGCUGCUGAGAGUGGCAAGAAAAAGAGCAUUGAUUUUCUAAGUAGCAACUUUAUUAUAAUGAAAUAUUGUACAGUUGACCUGGUGAUCCUAAUUACUCACUAAGACUUAUUUUAGCACAUUGCACAUUUUCAGUCAACGGUAAACAAAAUUGUUGGAACAAAUUUUGUCUGACUUUCCUAAUGGAAAAAGUAUAUUGUGUGAACUUCAAACAAAAUUAGUUAGUAUUUGCGUGGUCUUGUUUCACAUUUUCAUUCAAAGUUUUUACCCAGUAGUUUUGCUAGUGAUAUAUCGUUAAUGAAACUUAACUGACUUAACUUUGAACAAGAUUCUGGAUGCUACUUGAUAGUUGCUAGCUUACCGUGGUGCCAAGUGUAAUGCUCAUUGCACUUGAAAUAAGUACUGAGACUCAAAGUUACGUGAGUUUUGCAUCAGAACGAGGAAAUCUGAAAUUUAAAUUAAUUUCUAGGAGCCAAAUUUAGCAUGGAAAAAGCAGAAACGAGACAUUACUUAAAGAUGGGUUUCUGGGAAGAAAAGUCAUCCUCAGCUUAAGCAGCGCGAUUUGUAGAUUGUUGUAACUCUACAAGAUUUGGCUGCAAGAACUUCAUGGAGAUGCCAUCAUUGCGGACUUCCUUCUUUUUUAUGCAAGUUGUUAGGUCUUUCACGUUAAUUAAAUACAAUUUAAUUUAAGAAACAUUUUUGUUGGACAGACUAUAUAGUAUGAUUUAAAUGAUCAGUGUAAAACUCAAGUGUUUACUGCGCAGAUUUCUGAAAUAGGAUCAUUACAAGGCUCUCCAUGUUUUGGAUAAAGAUCUGGCUGGAUCCAGGAGUCAAGACAUGAGAAUUUCAGCACACUUGCUCACUUUACUUCAUUGUUGUGUGCUUCAGAAGCCCAGCUCAUGUAGGAGAUGGGAAAAUGUAAAUGACUUAGAGGAAGAGAGCAGAAUAAGAAAAUAAUCAAUCAAACAAUAGAAACUGUUAAUCUGCUGCUAUAGAAAUGAAAGUGCAGAUAAAAGGGAAGAAAGAAAACCAGUUUUGUAUAUAAUAAGCCUUUUAACAGGUUUUCUUCAAGAAUUAAUGAAAAUCCUUUGCAUUUCUUCUGUGUUAACAGGGUGAAAAAUGACGGCAUAUAUUAAAAUCUUUUUCUGAAAUUGGAAAAUUUUGCUUGAAGUUGAAAUAGAACAUUUCACAAUUGUAUGCAUAACAAGAGGCUGUAGACAGGAGCCAUGUGUUCACAAGGAAUAGGAAGGGAAAUUAGCAACAGAUGAGAUGGUUAUUUCUGAGAAAUGAAAGAUUUCUUUGUCUCAGUACUCAUUAGAGUGAUGAGGAAACAUGCCAGGAACAGAGGGAACCUUCCCAGGAGAAGAAAUGGAAAACAGAAGAAAAUUGAGGGCGAUGAUGUAUCAAAUGAAAAUUAAAUUAGUUCAGUUAUUAACUGAGAAAUACCCAAAUUAAGCAGUUUGAUUCUGACUUCAGGAACUUUUUACUAAUUUGUGUUUGCAGAGGGGUAGAUCUGUCUUAAAAUCAUUACCAACCUUAUACAAUAGGACAGAACAAAGAAUUUUAUUUUCUGUCAUUGCUGAGUCAGUAUCCUUUCUUUAAUUUCCUUCUUUCCUUAUUCCUUCUUCAUUUUCCUUUAUUUCCUUCAUUUCCUAAAAGUUGCUGCAAACUCUACCUGUAAAGCUUCAAAAGAAUAUGGACAUGAAGUAUCACCAUCCUCAGUAGUAGGAAUAUGGGAGAAAAAUUGACUGGAGGUCAGUUGUAGCCUUUGAUAUUUAGACUUAGCAUCUAAAGCAGAGUACUGUAACUCUGAAUUCUAAAUGUUUCUAAAUUCAUUGGUUUCUGUAGAGAGAAAUUAAAUUUGAUUGUUGUUUUUCCCUUACUCGUUGGUGAGAUAGAACAUCACCUGGGUACAGUGUUCUCAGUCAUAUAUAGGUAAGUUUUAUGCACUUUCCAAGUGUUACGUGAUUUUUUUUUU